AUGUUUUGUCAAAAUUAUGAUUUUUAUUUGAAUCAAAUGAAACCUGUUGUUGGUCCGAUCAGUUGUAAUAUCAAUGAAAGUGCUCGGAAAAGUCGACAAUGUCAUCAUCAUCAUCAUCAUCAUCAUCAUCAUCAUCAUCAUCAUUAUCAACAUCACAAACAUCAACACACACGACAUAAACAAUUAUGGCAUUGGGAACAGUUGGACACCACACUCAAUUAUGUCCCCACAUUUUAUUUGAACAACAAAUAUCAUUCAGAUAGUUAUCUGCUUCGAUCGCAUCAACAGGAAUAUCCAGUACCACCGAAUACACCACACAAAUGCACUACAAAAUCAUCAAAAUACCAAUUCACCGAAAAUAAAUACUAUUCAUCUACUUCGUUCACACUGCACAGGUCACAAGUAUAUCAUCACAUAUCAUCUCCAGUACCAGUCAUCCAACCAGUUACAACUUCAUUUCGUGUGUGCCGUACUCGAAGUACGAAUUCACCAAACUGCACAAUGUCAUCUGGUAGAGCUUCCAAGUAUUUGCAUGCUGAACAUAUACGGAGUAAAAGUGAAGGGAAACAUAUUGACCACAUACACAACUCACAUAUCGACGGACACGCGAAAUGCAGUGUUUGUGUUGAUUCGACUUGUCGUUCUUCUCAACUUCCAUACAAAUUAUCAAGUUAUUCGUCUUCCAAUAUUCCAUGUUCAAAGAGUGUGAAUGGUGUUGGAGAAUGGGAAAACAUUCCAUAUUCUGAGAAACAAGUGUCUCCCAGUCCACCAUCCACAUCGAACAGAUCUAGUUUGAAGCAAAUGAAACUGACUGUCUAUAGUGAUGGAAGACAAAUGAUUUACGAUCAAAUUGAUAAUUAUUAA